AUAUGGCACCAACCCCAAUGCUGUAACUCAACAAGAAGGAAGAAGGAGAAGAAUCAGUAGAAGAACAUAUCAGAGAUCGAGCUCAUAGCAAUGGAGAAAGAGAUCAUGAUGAAGAGCAAAAUCUUGAUAUUUGGGGGAACGGGUUACAUAGGGAAGUACAUGGUGAAGGCAAGCAUCCUCUUAGGCCAUCCAACUUAUGUUUAUGCUCGUCCCAUCUCCCCCAAUACCCCUCCUUCCAAUAUUCACAGCCGCAAUGAGUUGCAGUCCAUGGGCGCCGUCUUUUUCCAAGGAGAGCUGAACGAGCUCGAUAAGAUUGUAUCGAUACUUCGGGAAGUGGACAUUGUGAUAUCUGCACUGGCAUACCCUCAAGUUCUUGACCAACUCAAAAUCAUAGAUGCCAUCAAAGUUGCUGGUAAUAUCAAGAGGUUCCUUCCGUCAGAUUUUGGAUGUGAAGAAGAUAGGAUAUCCCCUCUACCACCUUUUGAAGCUUUCCUGGAUAAAAAGCGAAAGAUCAGGAGGGUCAUAGAGGCAGCUGGGAUUCCUUACACAUUUGUGUCUGCAAAUUGCUUUGGUGCAUACUUUGUUAAUGUCUUGCUUCAUCCACAUGAGAAAGGAGAUGAUAUUGUCGUAUAUGGAACUGGCCAAGCAAAAGCUGUGCUGAAUUACGAAGAAGAUAUCGCUGUAUAUACAAUCAAAGUGGCUAAUGAUCCAAGAGCAUGCAACCGUCUUGUCAUUUAUCGACCCCAGAAAAACAUCAUUUCGCAGCUCGAAUUGAUUUCACUUUGGGAGAAGAAGACUGGUCGGAGUUUUAAUAGGGUUCAAAUUCCGGAGGAAGAAAUAGUGAAGCUUUCUAAGGCCGUACCACCUCCACAGGACAUUCCGGUGUCUAUCCUUCACAGCAUAUUUAUAAAUGGCGACCUGAUGAACUAUGAACUAGGCGAGGAAGACAUCGAAGCCUCGAGUCUCUAUUCAGAUUACAAGUACACAACCAUUGACCAACUGCUUGAUAUUUUUCUUGUUAAUCCCCCAAAGCCCGGAAUGGCUACAUUUGAAUGAGCUUAAUUCUUGGGUGGGUCACACUUGAACAAGGAAAAAAGAAGAACAAGAGGACGGGCAGACAGAUCGAAAGAAUACGUUAUUGGGGGUCGUUGAAGGAAGAUACUGCACUACCUAUGUUCAUUUUAACUAUUUCUUGUUUCUUAUUAGGAUGAGGAAGAUGGUAUCCAGUAUGUUUUACUGUCUGGACUCUGGAAUUAUCACAUUAUGUUCCAGGA